ACCUUUUUUAUAUAAUAUUCUGUGGUUGUGGAUGUUUGUAAAUAAGUAGCAUGUGUUUUAGUGCAAUGUUAAAUAUAACGUUUUAAGUUUGUAAUUUGUAGUAUUUGCAAAUUAAAUAUCAAUCCUUAUCGCUGAAGUUAUGUCCCGAUUAAUUGUGAAGAAUCUACCAAAAACUAUUACAUCCGAGAAACUAAAAGAAAUUUUUAGUGAGAAAGGUGUAGUCACAGAUGUUCAGCUCAAAUACACCAAGACAGGAAAAUUCCGGCAAUUCGGAUUUGUUGGCUUCAAGACACCGGAAGAAGCUAGAAAUGCCUUGGAAUACUUCGAUGGCAGUUGCCUUGGCACUUUGAGAUUGAAGGUGUUACUUUGUGCUGGCCUAGGUGAUCCUAGCAAACCAAAAGCAUGGAGCAAGUAUGCUGCGGAUAGUUCUGCUUCCAUUGUCAAGGAAAAAAUAACAACCAACAAUGAGAAAAAUAAAUCAAAUAAAAAACAAAAGGAAGCCGAAAAGUCUGAAAUUAAAGAGGUUUUAGAAAAACAUAAAAAUGAUCCACUGUUCAUGGAAUUUAUGGAGGUGCAUGCGAAGAAUAACAAAGCAUUGUGGAGCGACAGUGGCUUACAGUCCAGCAAGCCUCAAGACGUCAAAAAAUCUCCCGCUCACUCUGUGCAAUCUUCCUCUGAGGAUGAGGAAAACGAAGAAAAUGAAGAAGUCAAAGCAGAAACUGCAGCCACUGCAGAUAUAUCAGAUAUGGAGUACUUGAAACAUAAGAUGGAGACAUCUGUUGAGAGUGAUAAUGAAGCAUCAAGUACGACCGACAUUGGUAAAAGUAAAAAGAGUGCUAAAAAACAAAAGAAGUGGGUCGAGUUCUACACUGUCAAGGUGAAAGGUUUGCCGUACAAAGCGAGAAAGAAAGAAAUAAAACAAUUUUUUAGUCCGUUGAAACCAAAAUCCAUCAGGGUUCCUGUCAAUGCGAAAGGAUUUGCGUAUGCCGGAUUUAAGACUGAAAAGGAAAUGAAAAGAGCACUUAUAAAAAAUAUGAGUUUUUUGGCUGGGAAGAGGAUAAGUGUAAUUAAGUUAGCAUCGAGUGAAGAAAAUUCAGAAAAUACUUUGGAAGGAAAAGAAAGCACAUGGAAAAAGCAAGAAGAGGGUUUGAAGAACGAAGAGACCAUCGCUGAGUCUGGCAGGAUAUUCGUAAGGAAUUUGGCUUUCACCGUCACAGAAGACGAUCUGACCCAACAUUUCAGCAAAUAUGGUCCUGUCACGGAGGUGAUAAUGCCAUUUGAUCGGAUAACGAGAAAAGCCAAAGGGUAUGCCUUGGUGACGUACAUGGUACCAGAAAAUGCAGCCACUGCCUACACAGAGCUUGAUGGUUCUGUAUUCCAAGGAAGAAUGAUGCAUCUCCUUCCAGGAAAAGCUAAACAAUCUCUUGAGGAACUGUUAGCGAAAGAGGGCUUGACAUUCAAAGAGAAGCAGGCACUGAAGAAGAAGGCAGAAGCUGCAUCAUCUCACAAUUGGAAUACACUCUUUUUGGGACAGAACGCAGUAGCAGACAUCAUUGCAGAAACUUACAACACGCCAAAAGAAAAGGUACUGGAUUCUAGUGGCAAGGAAAGUGUGGCAGUGAGGCUGGCCCUUGGAGAGACCCAGAUUGUCUCGCAGAUAAAAGGGUUUCUUGAAGAAAGUGGUGUUCGUCUUGAUGCCUUCAACCAGCCUACGACACAGAGAUCCAAAACUGUAAUCCUCGUCAAAAACUUACCUGCGAAAACAGCCGAUCAUGAAAUACGAACUUUGUUUGCAAAGUUUGGGGAACUGGGAAGAGUAAUUUUGCCACCAUCAGGAGUGACAGCCAUAGUCGAGUUUCUGGAGCCAUCGGAAGCAAGAAGUGCGUUUAUGAAACUGGCUUACACGAGGUUCAAGCACUUGCCAUUGUACUUGGAGUGGGCACCCUCCAAUACAUUCACCACCUCAGCAGCAGACUGGAAACAGACUAAAGCCAAAGUAUGUGCCGAUUUUCAAGAGACUGUCGGAAAUAAUGUACCUGGCAGCAUUCCUGUAAAAGAAGAGCGGGUUCCAACUAUUCCUGCUGACAGUCCAUCAUCAGAUGAGGAAAAUGAUGAACCAGAGCCCAAUUCCACGUUGUUCGUGAAAAACCUUAAUUUCAGCACCACUGAACAGGCUAUCAGAGAACAUUUUAAGAACUGUGGGUCCAUACAUUCUGUGAUGAUAGCAACAAGGAAAGACCCGAACACGCCUGGUCAGCUUCUUUCAAUAGGCCAAUGCUUCAUCCAGUUCAAGAGACAGGCAUCAGUGGAGAAGGCACUCAAAACAUUACAGCACUCAGUUCUUGAUGAUUUUAGUGUUGAACUGAAGCGGUCAAACAGAACCCUCCAGUCAGAUGUUGUGUCUGCAAGGAAAAUAUCUCAAGUUAAAAAGCAGACUGGAAGUAAAAUUCUUGUGCGCAACAUACCUUUCCAAGCAAAUAAAAAAGAAGUUGUGGAUCUCUUCAAGACAUUUGGAGAGUUGAAGGCAGUAAGACUUCCCCUGAAGAUGGCUGGAACCGGGUCCCACCGGGGUUUCGCGUUUGUUGAGUACCUUACAAAGAAUGAUGCAAAGAGAGCUUUCCAAGCUCUAUGCCAGAGCACUCACUUGUACGGACGUCGACUUGCAUUGGAAUGGGCUGCAAAUGAUGAAGACGUGGAAGAAAUAAGAAAAAGGACAGCACAGAAUUUUCUUGAUGUGCCAAAAAUCAAGAACUUGAGGAAGAGCACUGUGGACCCAGAAAUGGAAGGUGUACACCAAAUGUGAACACCAAGCUUGUUUGUAUCAACUUAAGGAGUACAAAAAAAAAUUGAUAAUAAACAAAUAAAAGUU